AUCUCUCUGAAUUCACUAGGUUACGAUGCUACAUUAAGACAGACCUUCGGUUUUAUAACGAAGGUUGUAUAAUAAAAACGAGGAACUAACACUAAUAAUAUGUAUACUCAUAAUCCUCGAGAGUCGUGUGUCGCGUCUUGUACGCUUUCGAGCUCUCAGCCUCUCACUGAUGCACGCACGUACCUGAGUGUUUCCUUCAGACGCAGGCAAUGUUGGCUCAGUAGUCUCAGUUUCUGCAUACUAAUAGGUCUAUAUUUAAGUUUUAGGUUAGAUGUCAAGCCCCAGAUAACGCCUGGAACAUCCAAAUCAGCACCCAAGAAAAACAUGUCUUUUUUACGCGUCAAUCGACCGAUAGGGGCCUCCUGGCACCUGUAAACCACCAUGGAGGCACAGAGUCUCAGUGGUGGUGGUAUAGGGUAAGCCAUCACCCAACAUCGCACAGCGCCGCGCAAUUUCAAUCCUUUUGAAAUCCUUCUAAUCCAAAAGCAUCCUACAGCCACUGAGGCGGCAUUGAG